UGCUUUUGUAGGAUUGCCUGUCCCAUGACCAUGAGGAAUUACACCUUUGUGAAAGAGUUCAUCUUGCUGGGGAUUUCUAAAACUGAGGGGCUGGAGAACAUGAUGUUUGGCUUGUUCCUGGUCUUCUACCUUUUUGCCCUACUGGGCAACCUACUCAUCUUCCUCACCAUUCUGGUUUCUUCCAACCUCCACACUCCCAUGUAUUUCUUUCUGGGAAACUUGGCAGUAUUUGACAUAUUUUUUCCUUCUGUAAAUUGCCCCAAGAUGAUGGCCUACCUCAUGGGACACAGCCACAGCAUCUCUUUCCAGGGCUGUGCCUCCCAGGUUUUCUUCUAUCACACUUUGGGUUGUACUGAGUGCUUCCUGUACACGAUGAUGGCCUAUGACCGCUUUGUGGCUAUUUGUCACCCUAUGCGAUACACAGUCAUCAUGAACCACAGCAUGUGUACCUGUCUGACAGUGGGCACUUGGCUGGGGGGCUGUGUGCAUGGGAGCAUCCUCACAUUUCUUAUUUUUAAGUUACCAUACUGUGGUCCCAAUGAGGUGGACAGUUUCUUUUGUGACAUUCCAGUGGUACUGUCCCUGGCGUGUGCAGACACCUCCAUAGCUCAAACUGUGAGUUUUACCAACGUAGGUGUUGUUGCACUUGUGUGUUUUUUCCUUGUCCUCACUUCUUACAUUCGCAUAGUUACCUCCAUAUUGAAAAUCCGUUCCUCUGAAGGCAGGAACAGAGCCUUCUCCACCUGCAGUGCCCACCUGACUUCCAUUCUGUUGUUCUAUGGGCCUGUGAUUCUCGUGUAUCUCAGACCUGCUUCCAGUCCCUGGUUAGAUUCUGUGGUUCAGGUGUUUAACAAUGUUGUCACCCCUUCCCUGAACCCUUUGAUUUAUUCUUUGAGAAAUAAGGAAGUUAAGUUAGCCCUGAGGAAGGUGUUAACUCAAGUAACCCCACCUCUGGGCCAUAAGGAAUAG